GGCGACAACGGGGGUAAGUUUCUGCUCACGACCUGACCACAGCACACCAAACCAAGAAAAUAGAAGAGUAAAAAAUAAAAAUGCUGGCUAAAACUUGUACCUGCUCUGCUGAGCGUGUCUGACUUCCUGAAGCGUCGAGUUAAAUCGUUCAGUCUAACAGGCGGCGAUCAGCUGAAAACCUGCAACGCUGGGAGAAUCAGCAUGACCGAGCAAAGACUGCUGUUUAUAGAUAUUGAACCUAAAUCAGAAAGCUCUGGCAGAGCUGAGAAGCCUCUCUGGACUCGCAGCGAUAACACAUUCAGAUUUAACUUCCUCCCUGACAACUCUCCGGCACCUCUGGAUGAAACAUCUCCAUCAUCAGACAGGACUGAACCAGCAGUGCGCCGGGCAUCCUUUACCGGACAGGGCUCUGCUUUUGCCUUCAACUUUCAAAUUCCUUUUGGUGUUACACCUGUAGAAAACAUGGAGACGACAGAAACCCCAGGCACCUCUUCACCAGGCAGCCAACAGUGUGACCAAGAGGACAAGCCCUCCCCGCUGCAGGAGGUUAACUCUCCACCUGAACCGUCAGUGCAAUCAAAAUCCAAGAAGAAGAAAUCUGAAAAGAAAAAACCCUCAGCUAGUACCGACCCACAGGAGAAGCCAAGUUUGGCUGAGGUGGGUCAAGGAGGCGAGGACACAGAGCCGAGUGCAGAGGAGCAGCUGAACAGGCAGCUGGACUGGUGCAUCGAGCAGCUGGAACUGGGAAUGAGGUCCCCGAAGGGUACACCAAAACAGAAGGAGGAAGCCUCUCGUGCCCUGAAGACUCUACGAAGCUCCAAAGCUCCUCUGGCCAAGAAGAGGCAGGUGAUGAGAGCCAUGACAGGAGAUUACAGGAAAAAAAUGGAAGAAGAGAAGAGCAAGCAGUACAAACUCAUGCAGUGCGAAAUUGCAUCAGCUCAGGUCAAAGUUGUGUCAGAUUCUCCAAAGAAGUGUGUUUUCCACCGGAGAGCUGGAGUCAAAACCCAGACCCCAGCCACUGAGGAGAACCCACAACAAACUAAAGCCCAGGUUACAGACCCGACACAGACUCAGGAGGAGACGUCAGCUUUUGUCUUUACUCCAUCAAAGGAGGAGUUUCGCUUCAAUUUUCUCUGAUUUCUACCCUGAAGACACGUUUUCAUCAUAUAUUAUGUUGUGACAAUGGCUGGACAGUCUGGUCUGAGCUGUGUGCCGGACAUUCUUUGUGACUGAAACAAUUAAAAGCACACAAAACAAGGGGACACUUAAAAUCACAAUGCUAAUAUUCAAAGUCUUGAAUUGCUGACUGUGUUUGCCAUAUUUCUAAAUAAAGCAUUUUGUAUUUUUGUU